GGCGGCGGCCGCCAUGUUGGGAGCCGCCGCCGCUGCCGCUAGUGCCGGCGCCGCCGCCGCCAUGGCCGCCUCGCCCGCCUGAGCGGCGCGAGCGGAACCGGAAGUUACCGGCGCCGGAACCGGAAGUUACCGGGGCCCGGCCGGAGCCCUCCCCCCACCCCCGGCUCCGGUGCGGCCUGCUCCCCACGCCUCGUCCCUGGGCUCGCGUGAGCGGCGCGGCCGGGCCCCCCCUCCCCCCAUGCCCGGCGGCCGCCCCGGGGGGCCCCGCCCGCCCCCGCCGCCACCCCCGGCCUGAGCCCGCCCCGGCCCCGGCCCCGGGCCGCCGCCAUGUCGAGCAGCGGCCGCAGCCCCCUGCCCACGGUCAGCGAGCGCGACGCCGAGCAGGCAGUGCUGGGUCCCACGGAGACCAAGGGCAGCGGCAAGGCUGCCAUGCUGCGGGGCCGGCCCGUGCCCCCCGCCCCCGAUGACCAGCCCCACGUGGGCAACUAUCGCCUGCUCAAGACCAUUGGCAAGGGCAAUUUCGCCAAGGUCAAGCUGGCCCGACACGUCCUCACCGGCAAGGAGGUGGCCGUGAAGAUCAUUGACAAGACGCAGCUCAACUCCUCCAGCCUGCAGAAGCUCUUCCGGGAAGUGCGGAUCAUGAAGGUGCUGAACCACCCCAACAUCGUGAAGCUCUUCGAGGUGAUCGAGACGGAGAAGACGCUCUACCUCGUCAUGGAGUACGCCAGCGGGGGUGAGGUGUUCGACUACCUGGUAGCGCACGGACGCAUGAAGGAGAAAGAGGCGAGGGCCAAGUUCCGCCAGAUCGUGUCAGCCGUGCAGUACUGCCACCAGAAAUUCAUUGUGCACCGGGACCUCAAGGCCGAGAACCUGCUGCUGGAUGCCGACAUGAACAUCAAGAUCGCCGACUUCGGGUUCAGCAACGAGUUCACGCUGGGCUCCAAACUGGACACGUUCUGCGGGAGCCCCCCCUACGCUGCACCCGAGCUCUUCCAGGGCAAGAAGUACGACGGCCCCGAGGUCGACGUCUGGAGCCUCGGCGUCAUCCUCUACACCCUCGUCUCGGGCUCCCUGCCCUUCGACGGCCAGAACCUCAAGGAGCUGCGGGAGCGGGUGCUACGGGGCAAGUACCGCAUCCCCUUCUAUAUGUCAACCGACUGCGAGAACCUGCUCAAGAAGUUCCUCAUCCUCAACCCCAGCAAGCGCGGGACUCUGGAGCAAAUCAUGAAGGACCGCUGGAUGAACGUGGGACACGAGGACGACGAGCUCAAGCCCUAUGUGGAGCCCGUGCCCGACUACAAGGACCCCCGGCGGACAGAGCUGAUGGUUUCCAUGGGCUACACGCGGGAGGAGAUCCAGGACUCUCUGGUCGGGCAGAAGUACAAUGAGGUGAUGGCCACCUACCUGCUUCUGGGCUACAAGACCUCCGAGCUGGACACAGACGCGCUGGCGCUGAAGCCGCGGGCGCCCCCCGAUGUGGCCAACAGCAGCGUCCCCUCCCCUGCCCACAAGGUGCAGCGCAGUGUCUCUGCCAACCCCAAGCGCCGCGUCAGUGACCAGGCCGGCCUGUCCAUCCCCACGUCAACGUCGUACUCCAAGAAGACAGGGGCCAACGCGGAGCUGCGGCGCGACGGGGACGAGCGCCGCGCCGGCAGCACCGCCCGCGUGCCCCCCAGCCCCCUGCCCGGCUCCGAGCGCCCCCGUGCCACGCCUGCCCCCUCCACGAAUAGCGUCCUGUCCACCAGCACCAACCGCAGCCGCAACUCGCCCUUGCUGGACCGGGCCAGCCUGGGCCCACCCGGCAUCCAGAACGGCAAGGACAGCCUCACCCCAGCCCCCCGGCGCCCCCGGCCGCAGCAGGACACCCUGGCGCCCCCAGCCCCCGCGCCCCCCGGCCAGGCCCGGCCCAGCGUGGUCCCGCAGCGGGCGCCAGCAGCCUCACCCUCGGCCCACAACCUGAGCGGGGGCCUGGCCGAGCGGCCCAGCUUCCCCCGUGGCGUGGCCAGCCGCUCCACCUUCCACGCCGGGCAGCUGCGGCCCCCCCGUGACCCCCCCGGCGGCCCCCCCUCUCCCGCGGGUGCCAGCCAGGGCCCUGGGCCUCCCCAGCGCGGACCUCACCCCAGCCUCUUCAGCAAGUUCACCUCCAAGUUUGUGCGCAGAAAUCUGUCUUUCAGGUUUGCCAGAAGGAACCUGCAUGAGCCCGAGAGCAAAGACCGAGUGGAGACACUCAGGCCGCCAGUGCUGGGCAGGGACAAGGAGCGGGGGGCCGUGCCAGGAGUGGGCCCUGGGCCCGGGGAGGAGCCCAAGCCGCGCUCGCUGCGCUUCACGUGGAGCAUGAAGACAACGAGCGCGCUGGAGCCAGGCGAGAUGCUGCGCGAGAUCCGCAAGGUGCUGGACGCCAACGGCUGCGCCUGCGAGGCCCCUGAGCGCUACGUGCUGCUGUGCGCCCACGGCGCGCCCGGGCAGCCCGCCUUCGCCCAGUGGGAGAUGGAGGUGUGCAAGCUGCCGCGCCUCUCGCUCAACGGCGUCCGCUUCAAGCGCAUUGCUGGCACCUCCAUGGCCUUCAAGAACAUCGCCUCCAAGGUGGCCAACGAGCUCAAGCUUUAAUGGGGGGCGGGGGGGGCCGGGGCCGCGGAGCCCCCCCCGACUGCGCAGCCUGGCAGGGGGCAGGGGCUGGCGGGGACCCCCGCCUCGGCACCGCUCCCCCAUGUGGACCCCUGGCCCGGCGGGCAUGGACCCACCUGCUCUGGGCCUGACCCAGACCUCCUGGCAUGGACCCCCAUCGGCCCUGGACUGCUCGGGCCGAGCACGGGAGAGGGGCCUGGCGCGGCCCCCUGGACUGCCCUGGGCCUGGCGCAGCCCCCCAGCCUGGGCAAGCAGACCCCCCCCCCCACGUGGGGGAGGGGGACUCCCCCAGGUGUGGGGACGAGAGGUUGGACCCUGAGGGGGACGGGGGGGCUCCUGGAACCACCCCCCAGACUGACCAAUCAUUUAGGGACGGGGGAGGGGCUUGGAGUGGGGGCAGCCCCCUCCUCCCUCUCCUCCCCAGUGAUGCCAUGGUACUGCCCCCCCCUCCUCCCCCCCCUCGGCUGGGUGAAAGCUGCUCUUACCAAAAAGGGGGGGCAGCACCCCCUUCCCAGAAUGCCUUGCAGCCGGCACCCCGUUCCCACAAUGCCUUGCAGCCGCCCUCACUGCGGCCUUCUUGCCCUGCCCAAGGGGCCAGGCCUGAGCUGGGAGGGGGUGCCGGGCCUGGGCAUUAAUGGGGGGCAGGGGUCCCCGUCACUCCCCAGCUGUAGCAGGUGGGUGCGGACCCCCCUCAGGCACAGCCCCCCCCCCCACCCCCUCCCCACAGGGCCGGCGCUGGGGGCAGUUUGCUGCUGUCGGGGCCCCGAGCUGGGGCCCUGGUUUGAUCUGCUGUAGCCCCCAGGGCUGGGGGUGGGGGCGGGGCUGACCAAGGGCUGGGGGUGCCCCACCCCCACACCACAGAAUGUUUUUAACUUGCACCGCAGCUUGGACCCCCCCACUCUGGCAAUGGACCCUCCCACCCCUCCCGCAAUGGGCUGUCCCGUCCAGGCCCCCCUCCACCCUGGGCAACAGACCCUUCCCCCACCCUCGUGCAGAUGGACUCUUCCAUCCUGGCCCCCCCACCCUCCCAUAGACCCCGAUGCCCCUUACAAGCUAGUGCCCCCCAGCCCCUCCAGGGAUCGCUGCCCCCAGCUCUGGGAGGGGCUGGGAGCCCCGGCCACCUGGGCUCUCCCCGCACUGCUCCAGGAGGGGGCUCGGGGUACCUGGGAGCCCGGACGCCUGCAUCCUCCCCAGCUCUGGGGGGGGGGGGGGAGCCCAACCCCUGGCUUCUCCUGCCCUCUUUUCUCCCCUGUGGCCGGAGGGGGGCGCAGGGCAGAUGCUGUCACCCCAGUGCCUCCCCCCAUCCAGGGCCCUGCCCCCCCAGAGCCAGGCGCCCCCCAGACACACAGGGUCCCCCCACCCCUGUACAUAACCCGACCCCCCCCUCCCCCGCCCCCCGGGUCUGUGAGUGGUUUCAUUUUUUUUUCUGUUGUUUCAGGGGGUUUUUUCUGAUCAGAAAAUGCCUUUUUUUUUUAAUGCCCCAAGGCCGGUGCCACCCCCACCCAGGGCGGGGGCACCGAGCAGACGGGGUGCGCCUGAGGCGCUCAUUCGAUGUAGUUUUUUUUUCCAAGUUCUAGAUUAAAACUUUCCAGAAAGA